UUUAACGGUGUUGGCUGCACUGUACCAAUGCCGUGACGUCAUUGCUACCUACCAGAUUGCCCGCUGAACGGCUGUCUAACGUCAUCCAUGCUAAAAGUAAGUCAUGUUCUAUGUUGUGCGUUAUACCUAAAAGUAGUGCAGUUCUUUAUACAUUUCAUUGGCGCAGUCGGUAAUUACGGAUUUCUUUCUAUGGAUUAAAAAGUAAAAAUCUUUUCCGCGAGUGUUAAUGGGAGACAAAAAGGACAAAGGAAAAGGAUCUACUGUGACGAAAAUGUCAGGCUUGUAAGUCCCGAAAUAAAUUUAACAAGCAGAAUUCAAAGUCCAAGAGUGGAAGAUUUGCCCCACACAAGGUGCAUCAUCUUAAUUUGGAAGAGGAGGACCCUAGGCCUAGGCCUAACUUGGAUAUAGUCAAGGAGACUCGGGACUUGUGUUUGUACAAUCUAGGCCUAUCUGACGGUACAGAAGCUUACAAGGUAAGACUAAUGAUAGAAGAUGUAGUUGUAGAAAUGGAAAUUGAUAGUGGAUCAGCAGUAUCCGUGUGCCCGUCUGAGGUUUUUGCGGAAAAAUUUCCUAAUGUGGAAUUAAAUCAUGUAAAUUUGAGUUUAUUGACAUACACUGGUGGGGAGGUGCCUGUGCUAGGCCAAGCUGAUGUAACUGUAAAAUAUAAAGGUCAAGAAGUUAUGUUGCCCUUAUUGGUUGUGAAAAUGUGUCGUAGGAACCAGCCUAUGUUGUUGGGAAGGAGCUGGUUGGCCAAGUUGAAACUUGAUUGGCGUUCUAUUUUUUCAGUAGUAUCGGAAGUAGGCCUACAGAGUAGGCCUAGUAAUCAAAUUAAUUUGACUUUGUCUGAGCCUAACCCUGUGAGUAGUGUAUCAGGACCUAGUUGUAAGGAUCAACUGAGUAGGCCUAAGCUUAGCAGUACAACUGAAGUUGAUGUGCAAACGUUGAAAAAUAAAUAUGCUAUGGUAUUUCAAACGGGAGCUGGAGAAAUUAAAGGGGUUACUGCUCACAUUAUUCUUAAAGACAAUGUAGUUCCCAAGUUUUGUAAAUAUAGGCCAGUGCCUUAUAGUUUGAGGGAGAAGGUUGAACAAGAGUUAGACCGAAUGGUUAACGAUGGAAUAGCCUAUAGGGUUUCCAGCUCCGAGUGGGCUACACCGUUGGUGACGGUUCCUAAACCAAAUGGCGUAAGAUUGUGCGCCGAUUUUAAGGUAACGUUAAAUCCGGUGCUGCAAACAGAGCACUAUCCGCUUCCGCAACCGGAAGAUAUUUUUGCCUCGUUGUCAGGAUGUACAUACUUUUCAGUAAUCGACCUCACAAAUGCCUAUCAGCAGUUAGCAGUAGCAGAGGAGUCACAACCUUUGUUAACCUUGACUACCCAUAAAGGACUUUUUAGAUUGAGACGUUUGCCGUAUGGGUUGUCGUCCGCACCGGCUAUUUUCAAGCAGUCAUUGAUCAGAUUGUAUGUGGGUUACCAGGUACCGUAG